AUGUUGAGGAAACACGGUAAAAAUGUAUCGGAAAUUCGGUCUAAUAGCCUGUCUGUGCCAUUUAAUGUUGUCAUUAGGGAAUCCAAAAAAUCACCCCUGCGAUUAAGCAUCAGAAGGUUGAGUUUACCGGUGCAAAAAGUGCUUAAAAGGACUAAGAGUUUUCGGUUUAAGGAGUAUAAUGGGUCGUCUGGAAACUUCGGGAGCGCGGGGGCACGUUCAGCCCCUAGUACUCCCCAAGAGCAGGUGCUAUGCAACCCCGUAGGCAGCACCCUUUCGCCCGAAUCGCUUUCUAACUCUUCUUCGCCGAUCGCCAUCGCCAUCCAGAGCAGUCCCAGUCAUGCAUUGUUCACUAAAUGCGACAAGGUAUCUUUGAAACAUUUAUCGACAUCGACGCCCGUCAUGACAGCUCAAGCUCAGGUGACCGAGCCGCCCAGCCCGAAGGCCGCCAAGGACCCCAAGAUCCACACGACCUCCAAGGCGCGCCAGAAGAAGUUCCUCCGGCACUUUCCGAACGUCGAGGACGACGAGAAAGUGUUGAAUCACUAUUCCUGCGCCCUCGUCGGCGACAUUCUCCUGCAAGGCCAUCUGUACAUUACCAAGAACUACUUCGCUUUCUAUUCCAACGUUUUCGGAUACGUUACUAAGCUUUUGAUACCAGUACUCACAGUGGAGGAUAUAACCAAAGAAAAAACUGCAAGGAUAAUACCGAAUGCUGUGGGGAUAGCGACGAGCGAAGACAAGCACAUUUUCGGUAGUUUGAUUUCGAGAGACAAUACAUUAUUGUACAUGCGAACUGUAUGGCAGAAGGCGAAAAGCGCUUCACCUGUUAUUAUCGAGCCGGAAAUUGAGGAGCCGGAUUUAGAUUCCAGUGAUUCAGGGGAAAUCGAAAGUGGCCGUGAUUCGCCUCCCAUAGAAAUUAAACCGAAAUUCUCUUUAGUGAAAAUAAUUCCGAAAAACCGAAGGUCGAGCGAUAUAGAUGGUUCCCAGUACGACAAAGACUCGGGCGGAGGCGGCGGCGGCGGCGGCGGCGGUUUGAUAAAAACAUUAAAAGAGGCCAUACUCGAAUUUCGGAAGUUGCCGCGCCAGAGUUUGAUACUCUGCGCGACGACCCUUCUGCUAAUACUGUUGUUCUUCUCGGCGGGCGUGCUGCUCUACCGGAUCAGCAAAAUCCAAAGCAAGUACUCGAUGGUGUUGCAGGAGAACAUGAUCAAGAACUCCAAGGACGUGUACAACGAUCUCCUGCAGUGGCAUUCGCAGAUGCAUUCCAAGUCCGCCGGGGCGGUCAAUAAUUUUUUAGAUUCCAAUUUAGUGUUAAUUGCUCAGGUUAGGCAGUCUUUGGAAGCACUAUCGUCGAUCUUGGUGCAGUCUCGUGCAAACGCCAACGUACAAGAUGACUCAAACUCGAAGCCUAUAGAAGCCACCAAAGAUAAUAGUUAG